AUGACAACGGUAACUAUACCGGGGUCGUUAGUUAACAAACGAAAAAAGCAUUUUCUUGGUAUGCCAGCACCAGCAGGUUACGUUGCGGGUGUUGGCCGUGGUGCUACUGGUUUUACGACACGUUCAGAUAUUGGACCAGCACGUGAUAGCACCGAUCUUCCAGAGUUACCAUUAGCUGGUGCGUCAAAAAAAGCUCGUGAAGAUGAUGAUGAUAAAAAAGAUGAUAUUGAGGAUUUAAAUGAUUCUAAUUAUGAUGAGUUCGAAGGAUAUGGUGGAAGCUUAUUUGCUAAAGAUCCGUAUGACAAAGAUGAUGAGGAGGCUGACGAAAUCUACGGUGCUGUUGAUUCUCGGAUUGAUGAACGACGUAAAGAAUAUAGAGAAAAAAAAUAUAAAGAAGCAAUCGAAAAAUAUCGUAAGGAACGCCCUAAAAUUCAGCAGGAGUUUUCUGAUUUAAAGCGUCAGUUGUCAAAUGUUACAGAAGCAGAAUGGUCAGCCAUUCCGGAAGUGGGGGAUAUCAGAAAUAAAGCAAAGCGAAAUCUGCGAGCUGAUAAGAUCACUCCAGUUCCAGAUUCCUUGAUUGCAUCCGCGAUGUCAUAUGGUCAAAUGAGUUCACAAAUGGAUUCGCGGAUACAGUCGGGUCUGCUUACACCAAUGGGCUCUGGAAUCACUUCAACCUUUAGUGGAAUAAGUUCUACAUUUGGCAGUGGUUUUAUGUCUACACUAAGUGGAAUUAAGAGUGGUUUAUUGACGCCAGGAUGGAAAACAGGAAUACAAACAGGCUGUUCUUCAUCAGCAGAUUUAGACUUACGUAAAAUUGGUCAAGCGAGAAAUGCCAUUAUGGAUAUCAAAUUAAAUCAGGUAUCGGACUCUGUGACAGGUCAAACAGUGGUGGAUCCAAAAGGUUAUCUAACCGAUUUGCAGUCAAUGAUUCCGCAAUAUGGUGGUGACAUUAAUGAUAUAAAAAAAGCUCGUUUACUUUUAAAAUCAGUUCGAGAAACUAAUCCUCGCCAUCCACCUGCAUGGAUCGCUUCUGCACGCUUGGAAGAAGUUGUUGGGAAAUUGCAGCUGGCUCGUAAUUUAAUUAUAGAAGGUUGUGAUCGGAAUCCAAAGAGCGAAGAUUUAUGGCUUGAAUCAGUUCGUCUUCAUCCUCCAGAUACGGCGAAAGCUAUCGUUGCGAUUGCUGUUCGUUCAUUACCGAAUUCGGUUCGCAUUUGGAUGAAAGCUGCCGAAUUAGAAGGGGAUUUGAAAGCAAAAAAAAAAGUAUUUCGUAAAGCGCUAGAACAAAUUCCAACUUCGGUACGUUUGUGGAAAGCAGCGGUUGAGUUGGAAGAACCAGAAGACGCUAGAAUUUUACUAACAAGAGCUGUGGAAUGCUGCAGUACUUCAACAGAAUUAUGGUUAGCCCUGGCGCGUUUGGAAACUUACGAAAAUGCACGACGUGUGCUUAACAGAGCACGUGAGCAUAUACCAACUGAACGACAAAUUUGGAUUAACGCUGCAAGAUUGGAAGAAACGCGAGGGCAGAGUGAUAUGGUUGAUAGGAUUAUUGAACGAGCUAUUACUUCUUUGAAAGCUAAUAUGGUUGAAAUUAAUCGUGAACAUUGGCUCAAAGAUGCUGUGGAUGCAGAAAAGGCUAAUUGUAAACUCACUUCACAAGCCAUCAUUUCACAUGUUCUUGGAAUUGGAGUUGAAGAAGAAGAUAGAAAACAUACGUGGAUGGAGGAUGCAGAAUCUUUUGUGGCUCAAGAAGCAUAUGAAUGUGCUCGUGCUGUAUAUGCCCACGCCUUGAUUGUUUUUCCUGCUAAAAAAAGCAUCUGGUUUGCAGCAGCUCACUUUGAACGGAAUCAUGGAACAGCGGAAAGCUAUGAUCACUUAUUACAAAAAGCAGUGGAAAAAUGUCCUAAAGCAGAAACUCUGUGGUUGAUGUAUGCAAAAAGUAAAUGGAUGGCAGGAGAUGUGAAAGCUUCUCGUGAAAUUCUAGCCAGAGCUUUUCAGAAUAAUCCAAAUUCUGAAGAAAUUUGGAUGGCUGCCGUAAAAUUGGAAUCUGAAAAUAACGAAUUUCAAAGAGCCCGUAAACUGUUAGAAAAAGCUCGUGAAAUCGCUCCUUCUCCACGGAUUUAUGUCAAAUCUGUUAGGUUAGAAUGGUGUCUGAAAGAUCUGAAGGCAGCUAAGGAACUUUUGUUGGAGGCAUUAGAACAGUUUCCAGAAACUCCAAAGUUAUAUCUCAUGAUGGGUCAAAUAUUUCAGCAAGAAAAAAAUUAUGCUGAAGCACGUCGAUAUUUUUCCAAUGGUGUAAAGCAUUGUCCUAGUUUUAUUCCUCUGUGGAUUUGGUUAAGUCGUUUAGAUGAAUCACAGCAUCAGAUAAUUAAAGCUAGAUCUGAAUUAGAAAGAGCACGUUUGCGUAAUCCAAAGAAUCCGGAACUAUGGCUAGAAGCGAUUCGAAUUGAAGCAAGAGCUGGUUUGAAGGAACUUGCACAGGAAAGACUGGCUAGAGCUUUGCAAGAAUGUGAACACUCAGGACGUUUGUGGGCUGAAGCAAUUUUCAUGGAAGAGCGCCAUGGUCGACGAACAAAAUCAGUUGAUGCUCUCAAAAAAUGUGAACAUAAUGCUGAUGUUCUUCUUGCAGUUGCAAAGUUAUUUUGGACGGAACGAAAGCUUAAAAAAGCUCGAGAGUGGUUUCAGCGAACUGUUAAAAUUGAUCCUGAUUUUGGAGAUGCCUGGGCAUUCUUUUAUAAGUUUGAACUUUUACAUGGAUCUGAGGAAGAUCAAGAAAUAGUCAAGAAAAAGUGUUUGCAAGCUGAGCCUCGUCAUGGUGAAUUAUGGCAACAAGUUUCCAAAGAUGUGGAAAGUUGGCGAAAACGAACCGAUGAAAUUCUAACUGUUUUGGCCGAUAGUUUAGAAAUCCCUCGGUAG